AUGUCUUUCAGGUGGCUCCUUCUCUGUCAUGCUCUGUGCCUCUCCUUGUUGAAAGCUUCGGCCCAUACCGUGGAGCUUAACAAUAUGUUUGGCCAGAUUCAGUCACCUGGCUAUCCAGACUCCUAUCCGAGUGAUUCAGAGGUGACUUGGAAUAUCACUGUCCCAGAGGGAUUUCGGAUCAAGCUUUACUUCAUGCACUUCAACUUGGAAUCCUCCUACCUUUGUGAAUAUGACUAUGUGAAGGUAGAAACGGAAGAGCAGGUGUUGGCAACCUUCUGCGGCCAGGAGACUACAGACACAGAGCAGACCCCCGGCCAGGAAGUCGUGUUCUCCCCUGGCUCCUUCAUGUCCAUCACUUUCCGGUCAGAUUUCUCCAAUGAGGAGCGAUUCACGGGCUUUGAUGCCCACUAUAUGGCCGUGGAUGUGGAUGAGUGCACCGAGCGGGAAGACGAGGAGCUGUCCUGUGACCACUACUGCCACAACUACAUCGGCGGCUACUAUUGCUCCUGCCGCUUUGGCUACCUCCUCCACACAGACAACAGGACCUGCCGAGUGGAGUGCAGUGACAACCUCUUUACCCAGAGGACUGGCGUGAUCACCAGCCCGGACUUCCCCAACCCUUAUCCUAAGAGCUCAGAAUGCUUCUACACGAUAGAGCUAGAGGAGGGUUUCAUGGUCAGCCUGCAGUUCGAGGACAUUUUCGACAUUGAGGAUCAUCCCGAGGUGUCCUGCCCCUAUGACUACAUCAAGAUUAAAGCUGGUCCAAAAGUUUUGGGGCCCUUCUGUGGAGAGAGAGCACCAGAACCCAUCAAUACCCAGAGCCACAGCGUCCAGAUCCUAUUCCGCAGCGACAACUCAGGGGAGAACCGGGGCUGGAGGCUCUCAUACAGGGCGACAGGGAACGAGUGCCCAGAGCCAGAGCCUCCUGUCCACGGGAAAAUUGAGCCCCUGCAAACCACGUAUUCCUUCAAAGACCAGGUGCUCAUCAGCUGUGACACAGGCUACAAAGUGCUGAAGGAUAAUGUGGAGAUGGAUACAUUCCAGAUCGAGUGUCUGAAGGAUGGGACGUGGAGUAACAGGAUUCCCACCUGUAAAAUUGCAGACUGUGGAGCCCCAGCAGAGCUGAAACAUGGGCUGAUCACCUUCUCCACCAGGAACAACCUUACCACAUAUAAAUCUGAGAUCCAGUACUCCUGCCAACAGCCGUACUAUAAGAUGCUCCACAAUAUCACAGGUAUAUAUACCUGUUCUGCCCAAGGAGUCUGGAUGAAUGAAGUACUGGGGAGAAGCCAGCCCACAUGCCUGCCAGUGUGUGGGGUCCCCAAGUUCUCCCGAAAGCUGAUGGCCAGGAUCUUCAAUGGACGCCCAGCCCAGAAAGGCACCACCCCCUGGAUUGCCAUGCUAUCAUACCCAAAUGAGCAGCCCUUCUGCGGGGGCUCCCUUCUAGUAUCCAGCUGGAUCGUGACUGCCGCUCACUGCCUCCACCAGUCGCUCGAUCCCGAUUACCCAGUCCUACAUGACUCAGACCUGCUCAGACCUUCUGACUUCAAAAUCAUCACGGGCAAGCACUGGAGGCACUGGUCGGAUGGGAACGAACAGCAUCUUAGGGCCAAACACCUCUUCCUCCAUCCCCUGUAUGACCCCAACACGUUUGAGAAUGACGUGGCUCUGGUGCAGCUGCUGGAGAGCCCGGUGCUGAGCGACUUUGUGAUGCCCAUCUGUCUGCCUGAGGGCCCCCCCCCCCCAGGAAGCAUGGUCAUCGUCAGUGGCUGGGGAAAGCAGUUCUUGCAAAGGUUCCCAGAGACCCUGAUGGAGAUCGAAAUCCCAAUUGUGAACCACCGCACAUGCCUGGAGGCCUAUGCCCCUCUGAAGAGGAAAGUGACCAGGGACAUGAUCUGUGCUGGGGAGAAGGAAGGGGGAAGGGAUGCCUGUGCAGGGGACUCGGAUAAGGAGAGAGGCCAGUGGUACCUGGUGGGCACCGUGUCCUGGGGCAAGGACUGUGGAAAGAAGGACCACUAUGGGGUGUAUUCCUAUAUCUACCCCAAUAAGGACUGGAUCCAGAGGGUCACCAGGAUGAGGAAUUGA